AUGGCUCAACAAGAACUUGAUCCAAACCAGGCCUAUGAGGAGAAUGGGGCAAGGUCGGCCAGCACCUGGCUGGGACACCGGGGCAAUGCGGCAUUCGAUCUGCGAAGCGAUACUCAGACCACACCGACGCUAGAGAUGCUGAGGGCCAUUGAGGUGACGACGCUCGACGACGACGUCUACGCCGAGGACCAGACCACGAUUGACCUGGAGCGGCACGUGGCGGCGCUGGCGGGCAAGGAGGCCGGCCUGUUUGUCCUCUCGGGCACCAUGGGCAACCAGCUGGCCCUCCGGUCCCUGCUCACGCAGCCGCCGCACAGCGUCUUGUGUGAUCACCGAUCCCACAUAAUCAAGUAUGAGGCUGGAGGUGUCGCAAGUCUUUCCGGCGCCAUGGUGUCGCCCAUAGUCCCGGCCAAUGGCCUGUACCUCACCCUCGAGGACGUGGAGCAGCACGCCGUGCUAGACGACGACGUGCACUCGUGCCCGACGCGCGUGAUUAGCCUCGAGAACACGCUGGGCGGCGUCGUCACGCCCCUGGCCGAGGUGCGGCGCGUGGCCGAGUUUGCCCGCGCCCACGGCAUCAAGAUGCACCUCGACGGCGCCCGGCUGUGGGAGGCCGCGGCGUCGGGGGCCGGCGGGCUCGAUGAGUAUGCCUCCUGCUUCGACACCGUGAAUCUGUGCUUUUCCAAGGGCCUCGGCGCCCCGAUUGGCUCCGUCCUCGUGGGUCCCGCCGGCGUGGUCAAGCAUGCCCGCUGGAUGCGCAAGGCUAUCGGGGGAGGACUCCGGCAGUCUGGCGUGGUGACGGCCGCGGCGCGGGUCGCCGUGGACCGGACUUUUGGCAAGGGCCCCAACGGCCAAGGAGGUCUGCUCCAAGGAUCGCAUGCCACGGCCAAGCGCGUCGAGAAGAUUUGGACCGAUCUGGGCGGCAAGCUCCAGUAUCCCGUUGACACUAAUAUGCUGUGGCUGGAUUUGAGUUCCAUUGGCGCCACGUCGUCGAGAUUUCAGCAGCUCGGUGCCGAGCAGGGACUCAAACUGUCCGGGCCGCGCAUCAUUACCCACUACCAGGUAGGCGAGGAUGCGAUCCAGCGCUUGACCAAGGUUUUUGAACAAAUGGCUGCCGAACAGAAAUCUGAGCCGACGGUCAAUGGAACGGCGUCGGAUUCAAAUGGUGGAUUAUACAAGAUGUGA